AUGGACAGGAGUUGGAUGUCUAUUAAGAACUACCUAGACCCCAAGUAUUUAGAUGGAGUUGAUGAAUUUAUCAAGUUUGCUUUUCUAGGCAAGGAUCCUAAUUGUAAACUGCCAUGUCCUUGCAAAGUAUGCAAUAAUUUUGAGGAUCAAACUAAGGAAGUCAUGGCCAAUCACUUGUGUCGAGGAAUUGUUGAUAGUUAUACUAGGUGGAUAUAUCAUGGCGAAGGGUUUGAAUCUGAUGAUGAGAAUGAUGACAUAGAAAUAAAUGACAACGAUAGUGACUUUGACAGUAUGGAGGAGCUGUUAAAUGAUGUAGGAGUUGCUAACUUUGGUGAGAGUUGGAGACAUUCACCGGAACUUGAUACGGGUGCUUGUACCGAGAAAGAAGGAGAAGCAAGUAGGUUUCUCAGAUUAUUAUCGGAGGCUGAAAAAUCUCUAUACCCGGGCUGUGAAAAGUAUUCAAAACUCUCGUUUAUUGUCCAUAUCCUCCACUUGAAAACAAUGAAUCGGUGGACUUGUAAAUCUACUGAUAUGUUGCUGAAGUUCUUGCAUCAAGUAUUUCCUAUAGCUUUGAUUCCCAGUUCAUAUUACAAGGCAAAAAAUUUCAUCCGUGAGUUGGGGCUGAAGUGUGAAAAGAUCCACGCCUGUGAAAAUGAUUGCACACUUUUUUGGAAUGAAAAUAAAGGCCUUGAUCAUUGUCCAAAUGAAAAAUGUAAAGCACCGCGGUAUAAAUCUCCAAAUUCCAAAAUACCUAGAAAGGUGUUGCAUUAUUUUCCAUUAAAACCAAGGCUGCAAAGACUGUUUGUGAACAAAGAGAUUGCUCGGGAUAUGAGGUGGCAUAAGGAGAGACGUGUAGAUAAUGAGAACAUGAUGCGACACCCUGCUGAUUCAUUAGCUUGGAAGGAUUUUGAUAGAAAUCACAAGUCCUUCGCUGAAGAUCCUAGAAAUGUGAGGCUAGGACUUGCUAGUGAUGGCUUUAAUCCCUUUGGAACCAUGAGCAAUUCAUACAGUAUAUGGCCUGUUAUCCUUGUUCCUUACAAUCUACCUCAUUGGAAAUGCUUAAAAGAUCCAUUUUUUUUCCUAUCAAUGAUUAUUCCUGGUCCCAAAGCACCUGGAAAUGACAUUGACAUAUUCUUUAGACCACUAGUUGAUGAGUUAAAAGAGUUAUUUGCCACUGGUGUGGAGACAUAUGAUGCCUUCAGGGUGGAGAAGUUUAUGUUACGUGCAGCAUUUUUGUGGACAAUAAACGAUUUUCCAGCAUAUGGCUAUUUGUCGGGAUGGAGUACAAAAAGGUACAAGGCAUGUCCUGUGUGCUUAGAUGAGACGACUAGUCUAUAUCUUAAUAAUGGUCACAAAUGUUGUUACAUGGGCCAUCGCCGUUUUCUGCCUAUUGAUCAUAAAUGGCGUCGAAAAAAAAAGCAAUUUAAUGGAGAAAGAGAACAUAGACAGCCUCCUAGGACCCUAUCAGGUGAGGAAGUCCUCCAACAACUUCUUCGUAUUGAGCAAGUUGAGUUUGGCAAGGCACCUGAUUUGCUGCAACAGAAGAAAAGAAAACGCGUGCAGAACAGUUCAAAUUGGAAGAAGAUGAGCAUAUUCUUUGAACUUCCAUAUUGGAGUACCAAUAAAAUUAGACAUAAUUUGCAUAUUAUGCACAUUGUCAAGAAUCUAUGUGAAUCUUUGGUAGGUACAUUAAUGAAUAUCCCUUCGAGAACUAAGGACAUAUGGCAGGCUAGGGAGGAUUUAAAAGAAAUGGGAUUAAGGGAAGAGUUGCAUCUACAACCGGGAGGUGGCGCAUCUAAAGUUAUGCCACCUGCAUCUUACACUUUAUCACGCCUAGAGAAAAAGAAUUUCUGCCAGUUUUUUAGCACUAUCAAGUUCCCGGAUGGCUUUGCUUCAAACAUUCCUCGGUGUGUGAAGACCAUGGAGUGUCAACUUUUAGGAAUGAAGAGUCAUGACUAA